GCCGCUGGGCUCCCGCCGGGCCAUGGUCGCCAGGCCAUGCCGCACCCCAAGGUGACCCGGUUUAGCACCAAACCACGGCAGAAAGAAGGCGGACUUGCUUCAUCUUACUGCCAUGACGUGGAAAUAUGGCGCGACGGGCAGUGGCAAUCGCUGGGUUCGAGCCAAAGUGCGGAGAUCCUGCGGCAGCGAAACGAUGGCAAUCUGCAAUUUGCCAUGGCGAUGGAGGGUACCACCUACCACUUCAACUUGGACAACAUGUCCCGCACCGAGAGCGACACUGGCAGGAUGUUAGCGCUGCGAUUUUCCCCAGUCGGGCAAAUGCAAAGUAUUUCGGCCCAAGGCUUUGAGAUGAUUCGGCAAACUUUUAAACGCGUCGUGGCGACUGAUGUGCUGCAUGGACGAUUUGGGGCGGAACCUUCUGUGACUGAAGAGUCCCUGCUUUACGAUUGGCCUGGUUGCGUGGACGAUGAGGAAUUGCUCCGCGUCACCGUCGAGGAGGUCUUCCAAGCCAUGACAUUGACAAAUAUCAAGCGGGUGAAUAUGGCGGAAUGGAUCCACUAUUGGGUGUUGCGCACGGAUGAUCGGGCGCCCAUGCCCUUGGUGGCUGACAUCAACGGACGCCUGCAGCUGCUUCUCCAGUACGACCCAAAGGUCUUGGAACGGCUGCAGCUGCUCUUCGAGUUGACCGCCGAGCCCACCGGCUGGGUCAACGGUGUGGGAUGCCAGCUGUCCAUGUCACUGCAGUGCUUACUUCAGGUGUGCCAUUCACUGCUGGCGUGUCCCAACUUCGUGCUGGAGCAGGAGCUUGCCCGGGAAGUCCUUGCGCGGCAUCGAGGUCAAGACGUGGAGGACGGUGAGACGUUGCUCUACCAUGACUUCUUGAACGUCAUGCUGGGGCGACAGCGUCGGAAAGUCUACAUAUGGAUGUAUGACAUCAGCAAUGGCAAGGCGAAUGGCUGGUCAUGGAUCUUGGGAACCCACUUCCCAGCUUUCUGGCACACUGCUGUGGUGGUGGACCUCCCUGAAGGUUCCCUGGAAUUCUGGUACGGCGGGCGGCUCUACAUGUCCAAACCUGGGACUACGCCCUUUGGUGCUCCUGUAGAGAAGCGCUUCAUGGGUCACAGCUAUAGGAGUCAGGAGGAGAUAGAGAACCACAUCGGUUACCACUUGGCCCACGAAUUUGAGCCCGGCAACUACGAUUCGCUGACCCACAAUUGCAACCAUUUCAGUGAUUCACUAUUGAGGUAUUUGAUUCAUCAGCCUUUGCCAGACGAAAUCUUGCAUCAACCUGAGAUGAUCAUGAAUUCCACUCCAGUCUUGCAACUGUUGAGGCCAUUUCUGAACAGGUGGCUGGGCCGUGUCGACGCGGCCUCACUGGAUGGCACACGAACCACUCAGGCUAAGCAGGAAUCGGUUCCCUUGAGUCCAUUAGCUUUGGUCUCCUUCGUGCUCCAUGAUUGCGGUCUGGAGUCCGUUGGCAGGGUGGAAGCCGUGGAAGGCGAUCACUGCGUGGUCAGCCGUCUAGAUCUCUGGCACCAGCGUGCCGUGGAGCUCACGUUGCGCAAGAGCAUGGUGAAGCAGGUGCUGCAGCGGUCCCAGAGGGAUCGUUUCCUCGUCCGCCAUCGCUCCGCUGAUGUUGCGGCUGUGGUCUCUGGAUUGCCAGUGGCACAUCGGCCAGCCUGCUGUUGGUUGCCCGUCCUCCUGCCGGAGAUCACGACCAAGCCGAGUGCCUUGAGCUUCCGCAGCGCGGCAGAAGAAGACCCGGUGCACGUGGCCAACUUCUAAGGGGCGGCAGAAGCAAAACGGGUAGGAUGGGAAUCACAGGAGAGGUACCAACAAAAACGCCCUAGGC